AUGCAGGCUCUUCUUCCCCCCUCCUCUAAUAAUCUCAAAAUUAGCCACGUCCCCACCCGACUCACCCGGGUCGUCCCCACCCGUUUCGCCGUCGUCAAAUGCGCCUACCGUUCCGAUGCCGUCCACUUCCACAACGGCAUCGGCUCCAGUCGCGCCGACUGGCAGAGCUCCUGCGCCAUUCUCGCCAGCAACGUCGUCUCCCAGCAGCCCCAGCCGCCUCCCGACAAACCCGGAACCGCUGACCACGUCGCAUCGGUCAACGGCCACAAGACCAACGUUGACCUCGACCUAGUCCCCAUCGAGAAGCUCUCCUCCUCCUCCUCCGCGGAUGACAAGUCCUGUUCUCCCCCUCCACCUCCCCGGGCCCUCACCAUCACCGACCUCUCUCCGGCUCCGAUGCACGGCUCGCAGCUGCGCGUGGCCUACCAGGGCGUCCCCGGCGCGUACUCCGAAGCCGCCGCAGGCAAAGCCUACCCGAAAUGCGAGGCCAUCCCCUGCGACCAGUUCGAAGUCGCCUUCCAAGCCGUCGAGCUCUGGAUCGCCGAUCGAGCCGUCUUGCCGGUCGAGAACUCCCUCGGCGGCUCAAUUCACCGAAAUUACGAUCUUCUCCUCCGCCACCGUCUCCACAUCGUCGGCGAGGUCCAGCUCCCAGUCCACCACUGCCUCCUGGCCCUCCCAGGGGUCAGAAAAGAGUACUUGAACCGAGUCAUCUCGCAUCCUCAAGCUCUGGCUCAGUGUGAGUUGACUCUGACCAAACUCGGCCUCAACGUCGCGCGCGAAGCCGUCGACGACACCGCCGGCGCCGCCGAAUUCGUCGCCGCCAACAACCUCCGCGACACCGGAGCGAUUGCCUCGGCUCGCGCCGCCGACCUGUACGGCCUGGAGAUCCUGGAGACUGGGAUCCAGGACGACUCGAGCAACGUGACUCGGUUCGUGAUGCUGGCUCGGGAGCCGAUCAUUCCCCGCACGGAUCGGCCGUUCAAGACGAGCAUCGUCUUCGCUCACGACAAAGGGACCUCCGUGCUGUUCAAGGUCCUAUCGGCCUUCGCCUUCAGGAACAUCAGCUUGACGAAGAUAGAGUCGAGGCCGCACCGGAACCGUCCGAUCAGGCUGGUGAGCGAUUCGAACGAAGGGACGGCGAAGCAUUUCGAGUACCUGUUCUAUGUGGACUUCGAAGCGUCCAUGGCGGAGGUUAGGGCACAGAACGCGUUGGCGGAGGUUCAGGAGUUCACGUCUUUCUUGAGAGUCCUGGGAAGCUACCCGAUGGAUAUGACCCCUUGGUCUCCUUCCAGGGGCGAUUAG